CAACCAGCAGCUACUCCAAAACCCUUACGCUGCCAAAACCCUAGCUAGAGGAAGAAGAACCGCCAUGGGCAAAGUCAAGGGGAAGCACCGUUUGGACAAGUUCUACCGGCUAGCCAAGGAGCACGGCUACCGGUCCCGAGCCUCAUGGAAGCUUGUCCAGCUCGACUCCAAGUUCGGUUUGCUCCGGUCAUCUCACGCCGUCCUCGACCUCUGCGCCGCCCCGGGUGGUUGGAUGCAGGUGGCGGUGCAGCGCGUCCCUGUCGGCAGCCUCGUCAUCGGCAUCGACUUGGUCCCCAUCGCCCCGAUCCGAGGCGCCAUUUCGAUCGAGCAGGACAUCACGAAGCCCGAGUGCAGUAAGAGGGUCAAGAAUCUGAUGGGGGAGCGCGGGGUCCGGGCCUUCGAUCUGGUGCUCCACGACGGGUCCCCGAACGUGGGAGGGGCAUGGGCUCAGGAGGCAAUGAGCCAGAAUGCUCUGGUUAUCGAUGCCGUGAAGUUGGCCACACAGUUUUUGGCUCCAAAGGGCAAUUUCGUGACUAAAGUUUUCAGGUCCCAGGACUAUAAUUCUGUUCUCUACUGUCUCAAGCAGCUGUUUGAAAAAGUAGAGGUGGAUAAACCGGCAGCUAGUCGUUCAACAUCUGCUGAGAUAUUUGUUUUGGGCCUGAAGUACAAAGCUCCGGCAAAAAUUGAUCCAAGGCUUCUUGAUGUGAAGCAUCUAUUUCAAGGUUCUAUUGAGCCUCCUAAGAAGGUGGUUGAUGUUCUUAGAGGAACAAAGCAAAAGAGACACCGCGAUGGAUAUGAAGAUGGAGACACUACUUUGAGGAAAGUUUCUUCAGCUGCAGACUUUAUAUGGUCUGACUCUCCUCUUGAGAUACUUGGUACAGUAAAUUUCAUAUCAUUUGAUGCUCCAGCUUCCGUGCCAAUCAAGGAGCAUGCAUUAACAACUGAGGAGGUGAAACAUCUAUGCGACGAUUUGCGUGUUCUUGGGAAGCAAGAUUUUAAGCAUCUAUUGAAGUGGAGAAUGAAUCUUAGGAAGGCACUCUCUCCCUCCCAAAAAGCUUCUGCUAGUCCCGCAAACAUUGAUAAUCAGGAUGAAAAUAAGGAAGAUGAAGAUGAUAAGAUACUAAAUGAGAUGGAGGAAUUGACAUAUGCUAUGGAGCGCAAGAAAAAACAUGCAAAGAAACUUAUUUCAAAGAGGCGAGCCAAGGACAAGGCAAGGAAGGCUACAGGAAUGCAAAUAGAUGCAUUGGAAGAUGGAUACAUUGAUCAUGAGUUGUUUUCUCUUUCCUCCAUCAAGGGGAAAAAGGAUUUGGUUGCUGUUGAUUCAACCUCACCUGAAGAAGAGAACCGAAACUUGAAGGAUAGUGACGAUGAAGAUAUUCAUAAGGAAUCUCGGGGACAAUCUUCCAGUGAUUUAGAUUCAGAUGAAGAGCGCAGGAGAUAUGAUGAGCAAAUGGAAGAAUUUCUCGAUCAGGCGUAUGAACGUUUUUUGGCCAGAAAAGAGGGCAGUUCCAAACAGCGGAAGCGUGCAAGGCAAGCAUAUGCUGACAAGGAAAAACUUUUAGAGGGAGGUGAUGAUCAUGAGGGUAUUUGUUCUGAAAAUGAGUCGGACAAAGAGGGGACUGAUAACGAGUCUAAUCCCCUCAUGGUAUCACUUGACGAUGGAGAAAAGCCUUCUCAAGAGGAGAUCACAAACAAGUGGUUCAGUCAAGAUAUCUUUGUCGAAGCAGCGGAAGGAGGGGAUUUUGAGGUGUCUUAUCAUAGCGAUGAAAAUGAGAUGCAAGUAGACCGACCUGUGGACAAAAAGCUAUCUUUGCCUGAUAAGAUGGUCAAAGAUAAGAAGACAAGUCAAGCUUCCAAGGAAAAAGAUGAUUUUGAGAUAGUACCUGCUCCUUCUACAGACACAAGUGACAGCUCAUCAUCCGAUGAAUCUGAUGAUGAAGAUGUUGAAACCAAGGCCGAGAUCUUGGCCUGUGCAAAGAAGAUGCUGAGGAAGAAGCAAAGAGAGCAAAUUCUUGAUGAUGCCUACAACAAGUACAUGUUCGAUGACGAGGGUUUGCCCCAGUGGUUCUUGGACGAGGAGAGGAGGCACCGCCAGCCCAUUAAGCCCGUGACUAAGGAGGAGGUUGCGGCAAUGAGGGCCCAGUUCAAGGAGAUCAAUGCCCGACCAGCUAAGAAGGUGGCUGAGGCGAAAGCCCGGAAGAAGCAGGCUGCCAUGAGGAAACUCGAGAAGGUAAGGAAGAAGGCCAACUCCAUAUCAGGCCAGGAAGAUAUUUCCGACCGGUCGAAGAGGAAGAUGAUCGACCAACUUUACAAGAAGGCUGUGCCCAAGAAGCCUCAGAAGGAAUACGUGGUAGCUAAGAAGGGAGUUCAGGUCAGAGCUGGUAAGGGGAAAGUCCUUGUUGAUCGGAGGAUGAAGAAGGAUGCCAGGAAAAGCGGCAUGGGAAAGGCUGGGAAAGGCAGCUCAAAGAAGGGAAAAAAUGUUAAGGCUAAAGGAGGUAAAGGGUCCGGGAAGGGACCUGCGAUGAAAGGGAAGAAGGGGGGAGGAAAGUCGAAGAAGAUGGGAGUCCGUGAUUGAGGCAAGGUAAACUCAGGCCAUGUAACAAAAUUUUGAUCGGUUAUCUCGUGUAUUCGUUAUACCCAUCAUGCCCUUGGAAUUCCUAAAACUACUUUGUUAAGAAGAUCUCUGAGGUUUUAAGUUAAUGAAAUGGAAGUAUGAGCUAGAUUUUGAUUGAUGUCAUUUGAGUUUUAAUUUGAAAGAUAGUUCUUCCCCAACUGAGACUAUUAUGAUCGAUUAGUAGUAGUGUUUGAAAUUCAGUGAGGUUCACCUGA